GAAGAUAAGGAAGGAGGAAGAAUGUGGGCGAUAACUUCAACCUGUGGCAUAUCUACUUAUCCAACUCCAAUUAUGGCUACCACUCGCCUCUUCGUUCCACAUUCCAUUGCCAACCCCUUCGUGCCAGAGGUUGUAAAAGCGGUGGAUGCCUUGCAUUCAGAGUUCAGAGCUGUGGAUAAUUUGGUUGCAUGCAACACCACCCGUGUUCUUAAAGCUUUCCAGAAUGCUCGAGUUGGAUCUCAUCACUUUGGUGGUUGCACUGGUUAUGGCCACGAUGAAGCUGGGGGACGUGAAGCUCUUGACCAGGCUUUUGCAGAAAUUGUUGGGGCUGAGUCAGCUAUUGUUCGUUCACAGUUCUUCUCAGGUACUCAUGCCAUCACAUGUGCUUUAUUUGCCCUCCUAAGGCCAGGGGAUGAGCUUUUGGCAGUGGCUGGUGCACCUUAUGACACGCUAGAGGAAGUAAUAGGGAAAAGGGACUCCGGUGGACUGGGUUCCCUCCAAGAUUUUGGGGUGAAGUACCGUGAAGUUCCACUUGCUGAAGAUGGUGGACUUGACUGGAAUGCACUGACAAGUGCUGUCAAACCAAGAACGAAAUGUGCACUUAUACAGCGGUCAUGUGGUUAUUCAUGGCGUCAGAGUUUGAGUGUUAAUGACAUAGGAAGGGCGAUAAAAAUAAUCAAAAUGCAAAAUCCCAGCUGCUCAGUCAUGGUGGACAAUUGCUAUGGUGAAUUUGUUGAAAGUGUUGAACCUCCAAUGGUGGGUGCAGAUUUGAUUGCAGGCAGUUUGAUCAAGAAUCCCGGUGGAACAAUUGCACCAUGUGGUGGAUACGUUGCUGGGAGAAAAAAAUGGGUUGAAGCAGCUGCAGCCCGUCUUUCUGCACCUGGACUUGGUCUGGAUUGUGGUUCAACCCCUGGCGAUAUCAUGCGUGCCUUUUUCCAAGGAUUAUUUCUUUCACCUCAAAUGGUUGGGGAAGCAAUCAAGGGUUCUUUCCUGAUUGCUGAAGUUUUGGCUUCUAAAGGCUAUAAAGUGCAGCCACUCCCUCGUGUCCCUCGUUGUGAUACGGUUCAGGCCGUACAGCUUGGAAGUCGUGAGCGUCUCCUUGCUUUCUGUGAGGCUGUUCAGAGAAGCUCUCCAGUAGGGUCAUAUACCAAACCAGUUGCGGGUACCACUCCCGGAUAUGCAUCAGAGGUGAUCUUUGCUGAUGGAACCUUCAUUGAUGGGAGUACUAGUGAGCUUUCAUGUGAUGGACCUCUUAGAGAGCCAUUUGCUGUAUUUUGCCAGGGUGGCACCCAUUGGACUCAAUGGGGACUAGUCCUAGGAGAAGUAAUGAAAUCUAUAUGAUUAUAUAAUUUUCAAUGAGUAGAUUCAUACAUAAUACUGUUAUGUGACCAUCAGAGGACUACAUGAUUCAGAUUGGUGCAAAUACAAUGAGACACUAACAGAAUUAUUUGUGCAUAACAAGAUCAAAGGGUUCUACUGAGGAAGGAAGCACCAAUUAGAACUUAAUUUUGGAGUUGUGUUCCGGGGCUUGCAGAUUCUUAUAUAAUACUUUUUCACCUCGUUGAAAAAGCCUUCUUCACUGGUAGAAUUGCUAGCUAUUGUUUAACUACUUAAGCACACCAUCUCUUAUGUUUGAAGCAAGUUUCUUUGGAUCAGAUUUUGAUACUUUGUACUUGUGUCUAAAUCUAAUCUAUUUCAGUCUUGACAAGAA